AUGCGCCACUUUAUGGUACCUGUGGUAUCAUUCUCUAGGUCACGAUUCAUAUUAAAGGGACUAUCGAGGAAUAUCCAGACUCAUUGGAUAUCAACAUCGCACAAUAAGCUAGAAAAUUCCGAGAUCUCAUUAAAGAAUAUAUUUGAUGAUAACACUCUAUGGAGGGGUCUAAAUAAGCAGAAUUAUCAACAUAACGAUAAACUUUCGAGCUCAGACACAUAUAAAGAAAGGUUUCUCUCUACAAUAGCUGAAUUUUCAAAGGAACGAUCUAAUGAAAAUGUUGGUUUAUUCAAGAAUCCUUAUUUAACAGAUCCGAAGGGUUUGAAAGAAUUCAGUAGAGAAUCACUAAAUAAUGCUCGAGCCUUAACCGAGUUAAUGAAAACAGAUACAUCGACUGAAGGGUUAAGGAAUUAUAUUAUUAAUCUGGAUAAACUAAGUGAUACUCUAUGCAGAGUUAUAGAUCUCUGUGAAUUUAUCCGUUCCGCCCACCCAGAUGAACGUUUUGUAAAAGCAGCACAGUUAUGCCAUGAAGAGAUGUUUGAAUUCAUGAAUGUUUUAAAUACUGAUGUUACGCUAUAUAAUACACUCAAGAAAGUCCUAACAGAUGAUAAUAUUUUGAAAACAUUAUCCAAAGAAGAAAUUAAAGUUGGUAAGAUCCUUUUAGAAGAUUUUGAAAAGUCAGGAAUAUGUAUGACAUCAGAGAUAAGGGAUAAAUUUAUAUCACUUUCGCAAGAUAUUAGUCUUAUAGGGCAAGAUUUUAUUAAUAGCACGGGUGUUGCUCGAAAGAAAUAUAUUUUUAUCAAAGCCAAAGAAUUGGAGGAUAGUGGUAUUACAAUUUUCAUCUUAAGUAGAUUGAAAAUGGAUAGCACUGGUAGACAUUAUAAAAUUCCAACAUAUGGUGCCCUACCAUUGGCUAUCCUAAAAACGUCAAGUAGUGAAAACAUUAGAAAACAAAUAUGGAUUGCUUUACACAGUUGUCCUGAUGAACAAAUUACCCGCCUUACCCACCUGAUUAAGUUAAGGUCUAUAUUAGCAAAUUUAAUGGGUAAAUCUAGUUUCGCAGAGUAUCAGUUGGAUGGGAAAAUGGCCAAGACACCGCAAGGUGUAAAAAAGUUUAUUGGUUCACUAGUAGAAUCUACAAGACCAUUAGCUGCACGUGAAGUUCAGUUUAUAUCAGACCAGAAAUGCAUAGAAAUGAAUAAAGAAUCGCCUUCAGACAUGCCUACUAUUUUGAAUAUCGUACGUCCCUGGGAUAGAGAUUAUUACGGUUGGUUAUCAAGACAAAAUGCCAGAAAGGUGGAAAGUAUCAAUGAAAAUGAACCAAUCUCUCCAUAUUUCACCUUAGGCGGUGUUCUAGAGGGUCUUUCUGAUAUCUUCCGUAAUGCAUACGGCUUAGAAUUGAAACCUGUAAUCCCUCAAGUGGGGGAAACCUGGUCUCCAGAAGUUCGAAUAAUUAAUGUCGUUUCAGAGACAGAGGGAAUCGUUGGUGUCAUAUACUGCGAUUUGUUUGAGAGAGUUGGGAAGACACAAAAUCCGGCCCAUUUCACGGUAUGUUGUUCCAGACAAACAUAUGCAAAGGAAAAUGACGAAUCAAUAAUGCAGAUUGGCGUGGACUCCAAGGGUGUAAGAUAUCAAUUACCUAUAAUAUCAUUAGUCUGUAACUUUUCCAAGACAAUCGUAUCAUCUGACAAAAUUUUAUGUCUCUUAGAACUACACGAAAUUGAAACACUAUUUCACGAGAUGGGACAUGCCAUUCAUUCCAUGCUAGGAAGAACUAGACUACAAAAUAUCAGUGGUACUCGUUGUCCUACUGACUUUGUGGAAUUACCAAGUAUCUUAAUGGAACAUUUUGCUCGAGACACACGGGUACUGAGAAACAUCGGGGUUCAUUAUAAAACAGGCAAAACUAUUCCAGAGAAAUUGAUUGUACAAAAUUUGGAAGAACAGAAAUUUCUACAAAAUUGUGAAACAUUUGCACAAGCUAAGAUGGCAAUGCUAGAUCAAGAAUUACACGGAGCUAAUAUUAUACAGAACAUUAAUACUAUAGAUGUCGUUAAGAUAUAUCAGGACUUAGAACGUCACAUGGGUGUCCUAGUCGAUAAUAAAAGUAACUGGUGCGGUAGAUUCGGACAUUUAUAUGGUUAUGGCGCUACAUAUUACAGUUAUUUGCUAGAUAGAGCCAUUGCAUCAAAAGUAUGGGAAAAACUAUUUUCACAAGACCCUUACAAUAGAAUAGGUGGCACACAAUUCAGAGAUAAAGUGUUGAAGUGGGGUGGGCUUAAGGAUCCGUGGACCUGUAUCGCAGAUGUACUAGAACAACCUACACUCGAAAAUGGCGAUUCAGAAGCCAUGAAGUACUUCGGUAACACACACGACCUCUAA